AUGUCGGCUCGACAGCCGAUCUCGGGUGAACAUGGCAUGGCCAUCGAGAUGGAGACACAGGGCAAUACGACAGACCGCGAGUCCCACGAGGCUGGCCAUAUGAAAGACAUGAUCGCGAGUGUAGCCAAUGUCAAUACCGCUGGAGACUACCUUGACGAGAACGAUGACGAAGAGCUGCGUGCAACCAAGUCUACACGACAGGAUCUUGUAAAUAUGCAGCGUAUGGGGAAAGAACAGCAGCUGGUACGACACUUUCGUCAGAUGUCGAUGACUUCGUUCGUGGCCAUUGCAACGGCUGCUUGGGAGAUUGGCCUGUUCGUGAUCUCGCCUGCUCUAAUCGAUGGCGGCCGUUCUGGUCUCAUCUAUAGCGUUAUCUGGAACUUUGUGGGAUUUGCACCUGUAUAUCUGAGCAUGGCGGAGAUGGCGAGCAUGGCUCCGAUUGCUGGGGCUCAAUACCACUGUAAGACGGGAGCUUAUCAACACACUAAGGAAGGCUUGCGUUGA